UUUUUGGUGGGGCAGCCAACCCCCAGAAACUCUCACACCUCAACAUGGAAACACCACUACAUGGCACAUUCAUAAGCAACAGCGCGUGAUGAGGAGGCACCUUGGAGUUACCAUCGUUUAACCACCAAUCGUACGCUAUCAUGUCCUCGAAGGAAGCGAAAGCCGCUCUCAAGGCCGCGAAAUCUGCCAUCGAAGCGAAGCAGUGGGAUGAAGCCAUCAACAAUGCUUCCACCGCGCUGGAGCACGACUCAAGAAAUUACUUCGCGAAGUUAUAUCUAGGUAGAGCCUACGAUGGUCUCGGGAAGUUCGAGCAAUCAGCCCAGGUGUAUAAGGAGGCGACGCAACUACGACCAGACGAUCCACAAGCAUGGCUGGGACUAAGGCUUAUCUACGAGAAGCAGGGUCCCAAAAAAGUUGACGAGAACACGCGUGUGGGUUCGAAGCUUGCCGAGAUAUACGCUGCCGCAGACGACGCACACAAAGCGCAAACAGCCAUCAAUAAGGUAGUUGACUUUGCCCGGAAACAUGGUAAUCCACGGCAAUACGUUCGCGCGCUGGCUACCCAGCUCCCCACCUCUUCGGUAUAUUCAUUCCUCGAAGGCCGAUUGCCCAAUCCGUCAUUGACGUAUAUGCGCAUGGCUGAGACACUGGAGGCCGAAGAAGGCAAGACGAUCAAGAAACUCAUCGAAGAGCGCAAGACGCGGCUAGGUGCAACCCUCGAGAGCACGACGGCAGAAGUCAAGCUGGAGGUGUUUGAGCAUAGCGAACUAGAGCAUAUAUACGAGCAGUUCAUCGACUGGACGGAUGACGAUGAGAAGCGGCGGGAGUACGAGGAAAAGUUACUACAAAGGGCAUACGAUCACUUGCUGGUACUGCCGCCAGGGAAGAAGACGAAGAAGAGGAAGAAAGUGAUGAAGUUGGCGCACGACAUGGUCAUUAUCAAAUACCCUUCUAGGUUGGCGUUCACGAUCGAGCUGGAGUGGAGAUCUUCCGGAGAUCAAGAGGAUGUUUAGCUCUUUGUUGCACGCUUGUAACAGCGACGGCGUUCUGGAUAGGCUCUCAUGGACUCGGGCUCCAUUGGUUUAGAUUCAUUGUCCAUUCAUUGGGUAUCAAGAGGUAGUUUUGGGAGAAUAUCAUCAUCCGCCGGACUGGCAGACCCUGGGCGUCAUGGCACUACAUCUUCCGC